AUGUGGCUGGGCUCCCUCCUGCAGCUGGCACACCCUGCUCCUCUCCAUGGCAUGAGGGGACUGUGGCAGACACUCGCUGGCUGUGGCACUGGGGAGCUGCUCAUGCCCUUAGAGAAGCUCCUGCCAGUUGGGCUGCUCCUAGAGGUGCUGCCUGGAGGUGGCCAGGCUCAGAGUCAGCAAGGGGUUGAGUCGGAGGAAGCCAGCUGCUGGUGCCCAACCAGGCCUGCAUUUGCCCCCAAGGAUGUAAUUGGGGGCUACAGGGUAGAAGGCCUACACCCUGGGGAGGGCAUGCUCCUGGCCCUCAAGGAGCUCUCAGUGGGUCUGAGGACCUUUCGGAUGUUUCCUUCAACCCCCUUCAAAGCGAAGGGCAUGAACUGCAUGAACAAAGAUCAUGGCUGUGCCCACAUCUGCCGGGAGACGCCCAAAGGUGGGGUAGCCUGCGACUGUAGGCCCGGCUUUGACCUUGCCCAAAACCAGAAGGACUGCACACUAACCUGUAACUAUGGAAAUGGAGGCUGCCAGCACAGCUGUGAAGACACAGACACGGGCCCCAUGUGUGGCUGCCACCAGAAGUACGCACUCCACUCGGACGGUCGGACAUGCAUCGAGAAGGAUGAGGCUGCAAUUGAGCGCUCUCAGUUCAAUGCCACGUCAGUAGCUGAUGUGGACAAGCGGGUGAAACGGCGGCUACUCAUGGAGACAUGUGCGGUAAAUAACGGAGGCUGCGACCGGACGUGCAAGGACACGGCCACCGGCGUGCGAUGCAGCUGCCCAGUCGGAUUCAUGCUGCAGCCAGAUGGGAAGACAUGCAAAGACAUCAACGAGUGCCUGGUCAACAACGGAGGCUGCGACCACUUCUGCCGCAACACUGUGGGCAGCUUCGAGUGUGGCUGCCGGAAGGGCUACAAGCUACUGACCGACGAGCGAACGUGCCAGGACAUCGACGAGUGCUCCUUCGAGCGGACCUGCGACCACAUCUGCGUCAACUCCCCAGGCAGCUUCCAGUGCCUCUGUCACCGUGGCUACACACUCUACGGGAUGACCCACUGCGGAGAUGUGGACGAGUGCAGCAUGAACAACGGGAGCUGUGACCAGGGCUGCGUCAACACCAAAGGCAGCUACGAGUGUGUCUGCCCACCGGGGAGGCGGCUCCACUGGAACAGGAAGGACUGUAUGGAAACGGGCAAGUGCCUUUCUCGGGCCAAGACCUCAUCCCAGGCCCAGCUGUCCUGCAGCAAGAUGGGUAGUGUGGAGAGCUGCUUCCUGUCCUGCCCAGCCCACACAUUCUUCAUGCCAGACUCAGAAAACAGCUAUAUCCUGACCUGCGGUGUUCCAGGUUUCCAGGGCAAGACGCUACAAAAACGCAACAGCACCAGCUCUGGCACCGGGUCAAGCUGCUCAGAUGCCACCACUACUGCCAUCAAGCAGAAGGCUCGCUUCAAGAUCAGAGAUGCCAAGUGCCACCUCUGGCCCCAUAGCCGGGAACGAGCAAAGGAGACUCCAAGGCAGCCACUGCUGGAAAACUGCCACGUGAUUUUUGUGACCCUCAAGUGUGAUGCCUCCAAGAAGAGGCGCCGUGGCCGCAAGUCCCCAUCCAAGGAGGUGUCCCACAUCACGGCAGAGUUUGAGGUUGAGUCGAAGAUAGAAGAGGCCUCAGACACCUGUGAAGCAGACUGCCUACGGAAGCGUGCAGAGCAGAGCUUGCAGGCUGCGAUCAAAAUCCUGAGGAAAUCCAUCAGCCGGCAGCAGUUCUAUGUCCAGGUCUCAGGCACUGAGUACGAGGUAGCCCAGCGGCCAGCUAAGGCCCUGGAGGGGCAGGGGACGUGUAGCACAGGCCAGGUGCUACAAGACAGCAAAUGUGUGGCCUGCAGGCCUGGCACCCACUUCAGCGGCGAGCUCAGCCAGUGUGUGCCGUGUACACCAGGGACCUACCAGGAUGUGGAAGGCCAACUCAGUUGCACACCGUGCCCCAGCAGCGACGGGCUUGGUCUGGCUGGUGCCCGAAAUGUAUCCGAAUGUGGAGGCCAGUGCUCUCCAGGCUUCUUCUCAGUCGACGGCUUCAAGCCCUGCCAGGCCUGCCCCGUGGGCACAUACCAGCCCGAGCCCGGGCGCACCGGCUGCUUCCCCUGCGGAGGUGGGCUGCUUACCAAGCACGAGGGCACUGCCUCCUUCCAGGACUGUGAGGCCAAAGUGCACUGCUCCCCCGGCCACCACUACAACACCACCACCCACCGGUGCAUCCGCUGCCCUGUCGGCACCUACCAGCCAGAGUUUGGCCAGAACCACUGUAUCACCUGUCCAGGCAACACCAGCACUGACUUCGAUGGCUCCACCAACGUCACACACUGCAAAAACCAGCACUGCGGUGGCGAGCUUGGCGACUACACGGGCUACAUCGAGUCCCCCAACUACCCUGGUGACUACCCAGCCAAUGCCGAGUGCGUGUGGCACAUCGCGCCCCCGCCCAAGCGCCGGAUCCUCAUUGUGGUCCCCGAGAUCUUCCUGCCCAUCGAAGAUGAGUGUGGCGAUGUUCUGGUCAUGAGGAAGAGCGCCUCACCCACAUCUAUCACCACCUAUGAGACCUGCCAGACCUACGAGAGGCCCAUUGCCUUCACCUCUCGCUCCCGGAAGCUCUGGAUCCAGUUCAAGUCCAAUGAAGGCAACAGCGGCAAAGGGUUCCAAGUGCCCUAUGUCACCUAUGAUGAGGACUACCAGCAACUGAUCGAGGACAUCGUGCGUGAUGGGCGGUUGUACGCCUCGGAGAAUCACCAGGACAUUUUGAAAGACAAGAAACUGAUCAAGGCCCUCUUCGACGUGCUGGCUCAUCCCCAGAACUACUUCAAGUACACAGCCCAGGAGUCCAAGGAGAUGUUCCCACGGUCCUUCAUCAAACUGCUGCGCUCCAAAGUGUCGCGGUUCCUGCGGCCCUACAAAUAACGCUCUGAAGUUGCCCUGCCUGGGGAUGGCCAGGUCUACUGAGGGGAAAGGGAGCUCCUUCCUCCAGAGCAGGAGCUGCAAGGUGGCUCCACGGGCCUCCACGUUGCCUUGGAAAAUCCGUGACGUGUGCCCUUCAGGAAAGCUGACCAGCCCAUGGAGACCGAGCCCAGGCACCCCUCGGAUCCAUCGCCCCAGUGAGAACACAUUGCUUCAGAAAGCCUUCCUCCCUCCCUCCGCCUCUUCAUUUCCCAGGACACUGAGAGCACUCUCUCCUGAGCUGGCUCCAGUGUAACCACUGGGGCAGCAGGAUCACACGUGCCCUCCCUCCACCUGGCGUUUGGGAGAGAGGGCUCUGGGACGCUUAGCAGUGGUCACGCAAGACAGGAAGCCAGGCAGCCAAGCCGCGGAAGGAGUGUAUGUGACGGCGCCACCUGUGGGGUUGAUGAGCCUGUGUGAAUGUCCGUGGGGCCUCCACACCCUGCCAACUCCUCUGGCCACAGGUCAGGCCACGAUGCUGUGUUGUUGAGCACUAAGGAUUCUGUGAUGGGACGGAACUGAGCUGCUAGGGGAAGAAGCUGUAGGUUUGUGCUUUCCCUUGAUAGAACAUCUAAUUAAGUACUAUACAUAUAUAUAUAUAUAUAAAUAUAAAUAUAAAAUAUAUAUAUAUAUACUUCUAUUUGUGGAUACUUUAGGAAAAUGCUCUUUGGUCAUUGUAAAUAUUAAUUGCGAUCCCACUUCUCGCACAAGCCCUUGUGAGUCCAGCCAUUGUCGGCCUCUCUGGACAAUUCAGCUGCUCCUCCACGCGCUUGCCCCUUGGUUCCCGUGAGGCUGGCAGCCCAGGGGCUGGGGAGUGUAAAACUUGCUUUGGACACGCUUCUGAAUACUUUUGAAUAUGAAUUCUUUGAGAACUGGGCUCAGAUGCUUUGCCGGAGUGUUGGCCCUGUCCCAGUUCCCUCGCAAGCGACAUCACUGCCCUUGAACAGGACAUGGGGGACGACAGUUUCCCCUUGGACUCAUUCCUGGGGGUACAGGGGCCCGACCAUCAACUGCAGAAGGGCCUUGAUUCCUAACCUGCAGCAGUGGCCUUGGGGUUUGUGCUGUGCACACAUACCAC